AUGGAGCGGCGACACGUAAGUCUUGUCGAGGACUCUGAUGCAGCACUGUCGCCGUCGAUGCGAGACGAAGAGCCGCACCCUCGUGACUCGCCACACACACCGGUUGUCGAGGGAAGCGGAAGCGGCGCUGGCGGUGGAGCGGCCCAAGUAGCGGUGUGCGACGCCACCACCACGAACUUCAGGGCCGGCAGCAGUCGCCUCCCUAACACGCAGCGCGAGCGUGCAGGCAGCGGGCUGGUGCAGAUGGUACCGCCAGCCAGCAGUGGGGCGACGGCGCUGUCGUCAAGCGCCCACCGGCGACGCUCAAUGCGGCGCAGAGGGUCGUUGGUGAAUACCACGCGUUACACAUCGCCGAAGCACAAUGUGUACGCUGUACAGCUCGAGGGUGAUACGGGUGGCAUUGAGGUGCAGGCGGCCAGCCAGUACCUCCUCGGUGCCGUGCGGAUGCGUGAAAAGUACAAGGCGGUUGACAAGGGGCAGCACGAAGGGACGGAGCGGCUCAUACCGCCGGUGGUGCUCUCCUUCGAGUCUGGUGUCAUUCAGUUCAGUGACCAGCGCACACGUAUCGUGCCAUGGGAGCAGUUCUACGAUGACGUCACCGCGUUGUAUGUGGCGCUGCAGCACCCCAUCUGCUGCGGCGCAACCUCGCACAGGCUGCAGGUGCUGGAGGAGAAGUACAACUUGUACAAGUUGUGUAACAAUGAGAUUGAGAACUCCGAUCGCUAUCGCCGGAAUGGUGGUGUCUUUGCCGACUGCACCAAGGUCGACAAUGGUGUCUAUCUCGCAUCCAUCAUGAAUGCGCAGUGGCUGCUGGAGUACAUCCAAGAUACGCUCGAGCACGAGGGGGAAGAGGUGGUACGCCUUGCCAGCGACAACAAUGAGCCGCAGAAGUUGCAAGCUGCCUGUGAGCAGAUGGACUUUGCCGACCCAACUCAGCUCACUGUGGACGGUCUCGGCUUGCUUCCACCCAAUGAAAAGCGAUUGUACCGCUACGACGUGCUCGACACUGAGCUGAACCGAGCUGGUCGAAACAGUGCAGAGUUGCUGCGCCUCUUCCUUACACCCGACACGUUGAACAAGGGGCGGUACUUUGCUGAUGCUGUACGGCCCAUUCUGGAGCUCAACGACCUGCGGCAGCGCAGUAUCCAAGCAACGGAGAGCAUCAUUGAGAUGUGCGGCCUUACCUCUGACGACUGGGAAAAGAUGGCGCACUGGAUCCACGAGCACGGCCUUGCAGAGCAGCGGCACAAUCAAUGGCUCAUCGCGCUGCCGCGACGGCAGAUACGCAAGGAGACGACAAAGGACACCUUUGAGCACCACCAGCAGCACCUCGAAAACAUAUUCCUGCCGCUCUUCAUGGCAACGCUGGCGCCCGAAGACCCGAAGAACACGCAGCUGGCAUCCUUCCUUGCAUGCGUCGGUGGAUUCGUGAUUGUGUCCGAUGAGGAGGAGCGUGAAAGUGACUUUCAGCGCAAGCUGCGGCGCCCGGCGGAGGUGCCGUGGUCAGAGAACAUGUGUGACUUGUACUUCGCCUACAACAUAUGGGCAAACCUCUGCUCCCUCAAUGCGUUCCGGCGACGCAAGGGGCUCAACACACUGCAGCUGCGCGCCAUUGCUGGAGGUCGUAGCAGCCAAUUGGAUGUCCUGGUCUACUCCUAUCUACUCUGUGACAGCGUCGCUAACGCCGUCGUCCUCGAGCAUCAACCAGUGCUACAAUAUUUAUACGGCAUUCAGCGAAUUGGCGUGACAAUGUCGCCUCUUAGCAACAAUGGCCUGGGUCUCCGCUACAUGCAGAACCCUUUUCCUGUCUUCUUUCGCCGUGGACUGAAUGUCUCGUUGAGUACUGAUCGGCCUUUGCUAUUUCACCACUCCAAGGAGCCAAUUAUUGAGGAGUACGGCACGGCGAGUAAGCUUUACCAGCUUUCUAGCAUUGACGUCUGUGAGAUUGCGUUGAACUCCGUGACAAUGUCGUCCUUUCCAGUAGACACAAAGGCGGCAUGGUUAGGUGAGGCCUUCCUGCAGGAAGGUAUAAAGGGGAACGUGUUCGAGAUCAGCAAAGUGCCAACAGCGCGUCUGGAGUUGCGGCAGGAUAUGUGGCAGACUGAGCUGCAGAUCAUCUUCGAGGCAGCGCGGCAGCAUGUGCUGGGGGAGGAACGUGGUUGUGUGAACAGUUCAACUCCUGUUUCUCUUGCUGCUACUAUUAAUACUGCUUUAUCUACUACCCCUACUACUCCCGGUGUUGGUGCCACCCCCAUCGCCAAUGUUUUUGGCGGCACUGACGGAUGCGGUGUUGGCUCCGUGCCAGCUGUUACAGUCGUGCCCUCGAGUCAAGUGCCCUUCAUUGUGCUGGAUCCCCACAUUGACUUCCCACGGGUAGUCUUCGUUGGGCCGUUCGAACGCGAUCCCUCACAUACGAUGGUGGCGCAGUUGCUGCACCGCGCGCUGGAGCUGCGGUCGCAAUAUGUCCGCCAGAACCGUGCGGGUGACGCUGGCUCUGGUAAGGAAAUACUGAACGCCAACGAGAUUGAAAACGCCUUUCGCCGUGACGACGCCUUUGACGAAGAUGAAUGGAUGUUUAAAACUGUUGAGGGUGUUCUUGUACCGCACGAGGUGCACCAGAUCCCGCGGCUCCCAAAGGAUAUGUUCCACUAUGACGAUUUCCGAUCGCACGUGCAGGAGCUGCGUAUGAUUCUGGAAAACAUUCAUGUGCGCAACUUUUCGACGAGGCGACUGGAACUUCUGGAGCAUAAAUUCAUGCUUCACCUCGCCGUUAACCGCAGCCUCGAGGCAGGCACAACGGCAAAGAAAGCUUCACAAAAUCGUGACUUCUACCAAGCGACAAAGGUGGACAACAAUGUUCGCAUGGAAACUGGCAUGACAGCACGGCACCUUCUGAACUUCAUUGUGUCAAAGGCGAACAACAAUGGCGACGAUAUUGUGGCGCAUCAAAAGGGAAAGGAGCCGCAGACGCUGCGGCAGUUACUGCAGGAGUUGCAGAUUUCCCCCAACACACUCACCGUUGACGACCUUAGCGUACAAGUGGACGCGACACUCGGGGUGGCGAGUGCGCAGUACACACCGGAGGGCCGCGACGAACUGCUCACGCUGUUGCUCAAGACGGACAAUCAAAUGAAGGGGCGCUACUUUGCUGAGCUGACCAAGCUGACGUUUGAGAACUUCAAGCACGACCGCUUCACCUUUACAGAAAACCGCCUACCAAUUUACGGCGCAAGUGACAAGGAGUGGGGACUACUCUCCGAUUGGUUCGACACACACGGCAUGGCAUCCUUCCACAACCAGUGGAUGGUGCAGGUCCCGCGCAUCUACAGCUACUUGCGCAAACGCGGCAAGAUUCAAAGCUUCGCCGAGUACCUGGAAAACAUAUUCAAGCCGCUGUGGGCCGUCUCCUUGCACCCAAGCAAAGACCCGCGCCUGUUCCACUUCGUCAAUCACAUCUCUGGCUUUGACUGCGUCGAGGAUGAGCGCCGUCCCGACACACCACUCAAUAUGGCAACGAAAGCACCACACGAGUGGACCAGCGAGGAGGAGCCUCCGUUCAACUACUACAUGUACCACAUGUGGGCGAACAUCUACUCGCUCAACGAGUUCAGGCGGCGGCGCAACUUUUCAACCUUUACGUUCCGCCCGAGCUGCGGCGAGACCGGGGCAGUCGACCACCUUAUCGGUGGCUUCCUCCUCGCUAAUGCGAUCAACUAUGGUGUCACGCUUGCUGACGACGCGCCGCUGCAGUAUCUCUUCUACCUUGCGCGUAUCGGGGUGACGGUGAGCCCACUGAGUAACAACACCAAAGUACUUGGCUAUCUCGACAAUCCGUUCCCGCACUUCUUCCGCCGCGGUCUGAUGGUCUCGCUGAGCACCGACAGCCCACUUAUGUUCCAUCACACGCAGGAGCCGCUCCUGGAGGAGUACUCCAUCGCCUCCAAGGUGUGGAAGCUCGGGCCGAAUGACAUGUGCGAAAUUGCUCGUAACAGCGUGCUGCUCUCCGGAUUUGACGCUGCCUUCAAAAGGGAGCGCCUCGGGGAUCUUUAUUUUCUCUCGAGCAGUAGAAGCAAUGACGCAUCUCGUACACACCUCUCCGACAUCCGUGUUGCGUACCGCUUCGACACGUACCACACGGAGGUCGCCCUGCUGGAGCAUAUAUCCGGCCUCAACUUCCCAAAAGCUUUACUCUCACUGAUGGAGGAGAAUGCGCGUGAGGCAGAAUUCCUAGAGGCUGUAAAAAACAAAAAAGAGGUCCCACUAGGAGGCAUCAUCGAUUCGAAGCCAGAGGAGGCGGAUAUCGACAAGCUGAUGCAGCAUCGCACGCUCAUGCAGCGGCAACUGGAGGAACUUACCAAGACUCUCACGGAGCUGCAGCGGCAGAACAAACAGUUGACAGAGAAACUCGCGGAUGAACGCACACGCGACCAACAGGCGCAGCAGCUGAGGCGCCGUGACAUCGAAGAGCGAUGGGAGCAGAUUCUGGAAGCAGAUGGCAACCGGUUGGAAAUGGGAGCUGCGGGUGAAGAGACAUCUUCAGGGCGUUUCUUCGGUUCGGCGGUCACGUCAGCAGUGGGGGUCGCUCCUGCAGCAGCGGGAACAACCACAACAGGAGAAGAGGUGGUCCUCGAGAGUGGUGUGGAGGAGGCGAGCAGGUCGAUGCUGCUGCAGCAGCAGCAAGAAGGCUACGUUGGCCGGCCGGCUUCCAUCCCGUUUGGUGCUCUUAACGCCAUGGGCGCGACCAGCAGUAGCAACAAUGCCGCGACUGCCACUAAUACCACCGCUGGCACCAGCAAUAAUUCCGGAAGCAUCGCAGCUGCUACCGCGGCGCUGGUCAAAUUCUCAGAGAGUAUGUGGAGAGAUAGCAUCGGCAGCGGCGGUAGGAACAGCUUCUCUCGUCCUGACCCCAAACCGACUCCAGCGGCAAACAGCAUCCCGAUGCUCCCGCCAAUUGUGGCCGGCUUAUCCGUCGCAUGCGAGCGUAGUGUGGCAUCGGAGAAGCAUUGGCCAGCCACGCAACGACCGCCGACGCCGCCGCGCCGCAGCUCGCGAGAAGUCGCACUGCAUCCGCCCACGUCGCUGUGGACGGAACAGCUGCAGGCGGUGACGCAGGAAGCGAGCGCCGCGCUGCGACACACCGGGCUGCAGCCGUCGGCAUCCCAAAAUGCGAUCGAGGGGCGUCGUAGCGAUGCAUCAAGGUGA